GUAGCUAUGAAGGGUUCUCUAACAGCAGAGAAAGGGUGGACGAAAGGCCCUUGGACUCAUGAAGAGGACAAGUUGCUCCGUGAACAUGUAAGCUUACAUGGGGAGAGUAGAUGGAAUUCAGUGUCCAAGUUUACAGGCUUAAAUAGGAGUGGCAAAAGUUGCAGGUUGAGAUGGGUAAAUUAUUUGAGGCCAGGCCUCAAGAAAGGCCAAUUAACACCACUGGAAGAAGGAAUCAUUAUGGAAUUGCAUGCUGUUCUGGGUAACAAGUGGUCUACAAUAGCAAAGUACUUGCCAGGAAGAACUGAUAAUGAGAUUAAGAACUACUGGAGAACCCACUUCGGGAAGAGAGAAAAACCCAAACACAAUAAGAAUCAAGAAAAACGAAAAGCAAAGGUGCAAAAACAGUUGAAACAAGAGCAACAACCUCAGCCUCAGGAGUAUGAUAUGAUCAAAAGCUCCUUGUAUCAAGAGGAGAUAAAAAAUGAAACAAAACCCUCUGAGAUGCAAGACAACAAGCAACAAGAGAUCAUGGGUUUCAUGUACCCAACAAUUGAGCACCAAUAUAGCCUCUCUUUAAUGCAUCGUGAAUUUUCUUCCUCAUUUCUAGACACUACUACAGCAGAUGAUGGCUUAUGGUUUAGUUUAUGGGAUUUUGAUGAACCACAGUUCAGCAAAUGUGUCAUGCCAAAUCAAGCUAACUUUGGAGCUGGAGGGGAUUUGAUGCAAAACCAAGAUAAAACUUCGUGUUUCGAUGUUGCUUAUGAUAACCUCAGCUACGGAAAAUACAUGUUUGAUUGA